GUCUGGGGGAGGGGGCGCGGGGUGAUUCAGCGCCCGGCGAGGCGGAAGCGGCCGCAGGAGGAGGAGGAGGAGGAGGAGGAGGGGGAGAGGCCUGUCCGCGCCUGGGCGCCCGGGGUGGCACGAGCCCACGGCCUGAGUGCGAGGCGGAGACGAGGAGGCCGCGGGGACUGGAGGCGAGGCCGGCCGGGCCCCCGCAGCCAUGGAGAACGCGCACACAAAGACGGUGGAGGAGGUGCUGGGCCACUUCGGCGUCAACGAGAGCACGGGGCUGAGUCUGGAGCAGGUCAAGAAGCUCAAGGAGAGAUGGGGCUCCAACGAGUUACCGGCCGAAGAAGGAAAAACCUUGCUGGAACUUGUGAUCGAGCAGUUUGAAGACUUACUAGUUCGAAUAUUAUUGCUGGCAGCGUGUAUAUCUUUUGUUUUGGCUUGGUUUGAAGAAGGUGAAGAAACAAUUACAGCCUUUGUAGAACCCUUUGUAAUUUUACUUAUAUUAGUAGCCAAUGCAAUUGUGGGUGUAUGGCAGGAGAGAAAUGCUGAGAAUGCGAUCGAAGCACUUAAGGAAUAUGAGCCUGAAAUGGGCAAAGUAUAUCGACAGGACAGAAAGAGUGUCCAGCGGAUUAAAGCUAAAGACAUAGUUCCUGGUGAUAUUGUAGAAAUUGCUGUUGGUGACAAAGUUCCUGCUGAUAUAAGAUUAACAUCCAUCAAAUCUACGACUCUAAGAGUUGACCAGUCCAUUCUCACAGGUGAGUCUGUGUCUGUCAUCAAGCACACUGACCCGGUCCCAGACCCACGGGCUGUCAAUCAAGAUAAAAAGAAUAUGCUCUUUUCUGGUACAAACAUUGCUGCUGGCAAAGCCAUGGGAGUGGUAGUGGCAACUGGAGUGAACACAGAAAUUGGCAAGAUCCGGGAUGAAAUGGUAGCAACAGAGCAGGAGAGAACCCCACUCCAGCAGAAACUAGAUGAGUUUGGGGAACAGCUUUCCAAAGUCAUCUCCCUGAUUUGCAUCGCAGUCUGGAUCAUAAACAUUGGGCACUUCAAUGACCCAGUUCAUGGAGGCUCCUGGAUCAGAGGUGCUAUUUACUACUUCAAAAUUGCAGUGGCCCUGGCUGUGGCAGCCAUUCCUGAAGGUCUGCCUGCUGUCAUCACCACCUGCCUGGCUCUUGGAACUCGCAGAAUGGCUAAGAAAAAUGCCAUUGUUCGAAGCCUCCCUUCUGUGGAAACCCUAGGUUGUACUUCUGUUAUCUGCUCAGACAAGACUGGUACACUGACAACGAACCAGAUGUCUGUGUGCAGGAUGUUCAUUCUGGACAGAGUUGAAGGUGAUAGCUGCUCCCUUAAUGAGUUUACCAUUACUGGAUCAACAUACGCACCUAUUGGAGAAGUGCAUAAAGAUGAUAAACCAGUGAAAUGUCAUCAAUAUGAUGGUCUUGUGGAAUUGGCAACCAUCUGUGCUCUUUGUAAUGAUUCUGCAUUGGAUUACAAUGAGGCGAAGGGUGUGUAUGAAAAAGUUGGAGAAGCUACAGAGACUGCUCUCACAUGCCUAGUAGAGAAGAUGAAUGUAUUUGAUACCGAAUUGAAGGGUCUUUCUAAAAUAGAGCGAGCAAAUGCCUGCAACUCGGUCAUUAAGCAGUUGAUGAAAAAGGAAUUUACUUUGGAGUUUUCACGUGAUAGAAAAUCAAUGUCAGUUUAUUGUACACCAAACAAACCGAGCCGGACUUCGAUGAGCAAAAUGUUUGUGAAGGGGGCUCCUGAAGGUGUCAUUGACAGGUGCACCCACAUUCGAGUUGGAAGUACUAAAGUCCCUAUGACCCCAGGCGUCAAACAGAAGGUCAUGUCUGUCAUUCGGGAAUGGGGUAGCGGCAGCGACACACUGCGGUGCCUGGCCCUGGCCACCCACGACAACCCUCUGAGAAGAGAAGAAAUGAACCUUGAGGACUCUGCCAACUUUAUUAAAUAUGAGACCAAUCUGACUUUCGUUGGAUGCGUGGGCAUGCUGGAUCCUCCAAGGAUUGAAGUGGCCUCCUCUGUAAAGCUGUGCCGGCAAGCAGGCAUCCGAGUCAUUAUGAUCACAGGAGACAACAAGGGCACGGCGGUGGCCAUCUGUCGGCGCAUUGGCAUCUUUGGACAGGACGAAGAUGUGACGUCAAAGGCUUUUACAGGCCGGGAGUUUGAUGAGCUCAGUCCUUCAGCCCAGAGGGAUGCCUGCUUGAAUGCCCGCUGUUUUGCUCGAGUCGAACCUUCCCACAAGUCAAAAAUUGUAGAAUUCCUUCAGUCUUUUGAUGAGAUUACAGCCAUGACUGGGGAUGGUGUGAAUGAUGCUCCUGCCCUGAAGAAAUCGGAGAUCGGCAUUGCCAUGGGCUCGGGCACAGCAGUGGCUAAAACUGCCUCUGAAAUGGUCCUGGCAGAUGACAACUUCUCCACCAUCGUGGCUGCUGUCGAGGAGGGGCGGGCAAUCUACAACAAUAUGAAGCAGUUUAUCCGCUACCUCAUCUCCUCAAAUGUGGGGGAGGUUGUCUGUAUUUUCCUGACGGCAGCCCUUGGAUUCCCUGAGGCUUUAAUUCCUGUCCAGCUGCUCUGGGUCAAUCUGGUGACAGACGGCCUGCCUGCCACUGCCCUGGGGUUUAACCCUCCUGAUCUAGACAUCAUGAACAAACCACCCCGGAACCCGAAGGAACCUCUGAUCAGUGGAUGGCUCUUUUUCCGUUACCUGGCCAUUGGCUGUUAUGUUGGCGCUGCUACCGUGGGUGCUGCUGCAUGGUGGUUCAUUGCUGCCGACGGAGGACCAAGAGUGUCCUUCUACCAGCUGAGCCACUUCCUACAGUGUAAAGAUGACAACCCGGACUUUGAAGGAGUGGAUUGUGCAAUCUUUGAAUCCCCGUACCCGAUGACAAUGGCGCUGUCUGUUCUAGUAACCAUAGAGAUGUGUAAUGCCCUCAACAGCUUGUCCGAAAACCAGUCCCUGCUGAGGAUGCCCCCCUGGGAGAACAUCUGGCUGGUGGGCUCUAUCUGCCUGUCCAUGUCCCUCCACUUCCUCAUCCUUUACGUGGAACCUUUGCCACUUAUUUUCCAGAUCACACCGUUGAAUUUGACCCAGUGGCUAAUGGUGCUGAAAAUCUCCUUGCCUGUGAUUCUAAUGGAUGAGACACUCAAGUUUGUGGCCCGCAACUACCUGGAACCUGCAAUACUGGAGUAACUGCUUCCUAAACCAUUUUGCAGAAAUAUAAGGGUGUUCGGUUGCGUGCAUGUGCGUUUUUAGCAACACAUCUACCAGCCCUCUGCAUGAUUGAUGUUGGGGGAAAAAGAAAAGUAGAAAAAAAGUCCCCAACUCAUUGUGUGUUAUGUGGAGGAAACGUGUAUUACCAACGGGUUUAGCUUUUAAAUCAAAAUAAUAAUUACAAAUGUACAACUUAGCUUAAUGAAUCAGAAAGCCUCUCCAGAGAACUUUGGUUUCUUUGCUGCAAGAAGAAUGAGGUUCCAAAACCUUAUCUAAGAACUUAGAAGCCAUCAGCCAAGUCUCCGUGUUUCUCUGUGCAAAAUGUCAUAGUUUAUAUAAAUGUACAAUAUUCAAUUGUAAUGCAUGCCUUUGGUUGUAAGUAGCCAGAUUUCUCUAUGGUGUCAUUUAAACAUGCUACUUUUUAAUUGGCCCUGUACAGUUUGCUUAUUUAUAAAUUUAUUGAAAACACUACAGGUGUUGAAAGGUUAGAAUGUAGGCCUCCAGUUCAUAACUUCAGUUAUUUUUUUUGAGUGUGCAAACAGCUAUUUUGCACUGUAUUAAAUGUAACUUAUUUAAUGAAAUCAGAAGCAGUAGACAGAUGUUGGUGCAAUACGAUAUUGUGAUGCAUUUAUCUUAAUAAAAUGCUAAACGUCAGUUUAUCACAAGCAUGUUUGACUUUAGACUGUAAAUAGAGAUCAGUUGUCUAUUUCUGUGCUGGUAACAAGCAUUGCACAGACAUGGUUUCAGGUAAAUAAAUCUAUUCUACGAUAA